AUGGGCCAGGCUAAUAGGAAUCGACCUGGACUCAGCAUCAUGGCCGCGAACAAGAACGCGCCGGCUUCACCUCCUAUUAGAAAAACUACAAGAAUUCCAAUCCCCACAGAGCCCCCCCAGGAGAAGUGGCGGGAGCAGAUGGAGGGGAUAAGAUCCGUGCGGAGGUCGCGGGACGCGGCUGUUGAUUUCGCAGGGGCAGGGGCUUUGAGAGAUUCAAGCGCGGGCAGUGAAGACGACGUGCGGUUCCAGGUUUUGAUGUCUGCGAUGCUCUCCAGCCAGACGAAGGACCCCGUCACCGCGGCCGGCUUAAACCGGAUGAGACAGGCGUGCGCGCCAGCUCCCUUGGGAGCAGCCGCUCUUCUCGCGACUGGCAUGGACGAGGACGCGUUGACGGAGCUACUCCAUCCCGUCAGUUUCAAGAAGACCAAGGCCAAGCAUAUCUUGAUGGUGUGCAAACGGUUAGCCGAGGCAGAGGAUGGUCGGCAGGCUGGAGCCAUCCCCGAUACGGUCGAAGGUCUGCUCGAACUCCCGGGGGUCGGGCCGAAGAUGACGUAUCUCGUCAUGGACGUGGCCUGGGGACGGAACGAAGGGAUCUGCGUCGACACCCACGUGCACAGGAUUAGCAACCGUCUCGGAUGGGUAGACACGUGGAACAGGAACAGACCCAAGGCUCAGAACCCGGAGAAAACCAGGAAACACCUGCAGGGGUGGCUGCCUCGCGAGCACUGGUCGGAGGUCAACGAGCUAUUGGUGGGAUUCGGGCAGCAGGUCUGCUUCGCGACGAGGCCGUCGUGUUCUGCUUGUGGCAUCAGCGGCCUUUGUCCCUCGGCAGAUAGACACGGCGACCUUGCUCUACCGCCAAGCAAGUGACGUAUUGAGUAACGUAUGAGUACGUUGUCCGUUGCAGCUUUGAACUGCUUUGGCGUAAAUUCGCCAUGGUUGUACCGUGGGGAGGACUGCGGAGCAAACCCUCGACCAAUCUGGGAACUCGGCGGCGUAAGCCAUGUUAGUGUUUUUGGUGACUUAUGUUGAGUUUUUUAUCGUGACUGCCUUCUGUUUUUCUCGUUUUGUUUGGCAGAACGAAGAAUAUACGGCGUGCUAUGCACAGUUUUCCAGCGUGUUUGAGGAUUUGUCUUACGCGAAAUUUCUUUCUCGUCUGGUCCUCGCCGAAGGACACCAAAAUAGUAAUUCAUGCCGCUUGGCGCCGCCGCUGUGGUACAGACGUCACUACCGAACGAUGUUGCCGUUGACGAUGUUGCGCAUGUGCUAUACUCACGACAUUAUUUCCGCACACGUCUUGUUGUUGAUCGAUGAUUCAAGGGCAUUUACCUGAUUGACUUUGCGGCAUACAUGCGACUAGACUACAGUAGUCUACCUAUCUCAUGUCCAGCUCAAGCAAGAAAGCCCAGAAUUGGGGCAGCGGGAGUACAGCAGUGUAGACCCAGAUGCGGUAGGCUCGUGGAUUUGCCGGACACGCACGAGGAGGUGGAUUGGCAGUACCAUCAUCGCAGGUGGAUGUAGUUUCGAACGGGAGGUGCGGCGCAUGAGCGGCAAAUGACAACGAUUGGGCGGCUCUUGGACCCUCGCCGGGUGUUGUCAGCCCAUGGGUGGCCUUUGAGCGGUCCAUGGGCGGUCGAUGAUCCAUGGUGACCCAAGAACGGCCCAUGAGCGGCUAUUUCAACCCUUGACGAGACUCAUGCCAGCUGCCGUUGGGCGAUGUGGGUCGUUGAUGGCUUGAUGGACCAUUUUGGU